UUGUUUGAUUUCAACCGUUUAAACCCUCAAAACCCUACACAAAUACCUCUUACCAUAAAAAAUGUACUCAUCAAUUAUAUUCUUAGAACGUUCUAGGAUAUUCCAGUACAAUGCUCUUCACAGUCUCACCUUCCUCCGCCACAUGGGCGGCGGCCCACGGACGUUCCCUGGCGGCCUGAACAAAUGGCAAUGGAAGCGCCUCCACGAAAAGCAAGCCAGGGAGAAGGAAAAACGGCUUCUGGAUCAAGAGAAACAGCUCUACCAGGCGAGGGUUCGAUCCGAGAUCCGCUCCAAAAUCGCCACCCCAGAUUCAUCAAAACAUGAACAAAACACGAAUCCAUCCAACUAUAAACCAUUAUCCCCUAAAGAACAUAUUAAAGCUCUAGCGGAUCGUUUCAUGAAAGAGGGCGCAGAAGAUUUGUGGAACGAAGCUGAUGGCCCAAUUCAUUCUCCUUCUCCUCAAGAACUAGCCAGAAUCGAAUCAACUCAUAAUCCUAUUAAUUUGCGAAGAGUGGUUUCUGAUCAAAGUCGGGUAGCGAGCAAUAAAGUAAGUGAAGUUUCUUCGGGUUUUAGUAAUAAUCAGUUGAAACCCAGGCAUUAUUCGUCGUUCCUUAAUUUAGGUAACCAAUAUGGUUUGCUUCAAGCUAGGCAUUAUUCAGUUAGGACUUCUAGGUUUACCUAUAGGAAAAAUGAUAGCUCCUCAAGCGAAGAUGAUGAUACGGACGAAGAUGAAGCUUUUUUAAUGACGAAGAGGAAGGGUGUGGAUUUAAGAGGAUCACGAUUGAGUUUGAUUGGCUCAUCAGAUGCCGAGGGGAGUGGUGAUGAUGAUGAAGGGAAGGGGAAUGGGAAGAAGAUGAUGAUGAGCAGUGCUGCAUUGGGAAAAUAUGAUAUAAAGAAGACAAAAAGGAUACCAUUGAAAUUCUUGGAAGAGGAGGAUGAUUUGUCUCUGCAUGUACAGGCUAUUAGGAAUGAGUUCAAUAAGAGGCGUAUGGCUGAAAAAGACAUUGGAGUGGGUGAUGACGACUCCAUCCUUACUCCAAAGAGGUUUGAUGAGUGCAAUGUAUCUCCAUUGACAAUAAAAGCUCUUACUUUAGCAGGCUAUGUGCAAAUGACCAAAGUCCAAGAUGCUGCAAUAUCUGCUUGCCUCGAGGGGAAAGAUGCUUUGGUCAAAGCUAAAACUGGAACAGGGAAAAGUGCUGCUUUUUUGCUCCCCGCAAUUGAAACAGUUUUAAAGGCUUCAGCUAGCAAUGAGAGAAAACGGGUCCCACCAAUAUGUGCUCUUAUUGUUUGUCCCACAAGAGAACUAGCAAGCCAGAUAGCUGCAGAAGCCAAUGUAUUACUCAAAUAUCAUGAAGGAAUCGGUGUUCAAACUCUUGUUGGAGGCACUCGAUUCAAAGUUGAUCAGAAACGUCUAGAAACAGAACCAUGCCACAUUAUCAUCGCAACCCCUGGUAGAUUGUUGGAUCACAUUGAAAACAAAUCUGGAUUCUCUGCACGUUUGAUGGGAUUGAAAAUGCUUAUACUUGAUGAAGCAGACCAUUUACUAGACCUUGGAUUCCGGAAGGACAUGGAGAAGAUUGUUGAUUGUUUACCUCGUCAAAGACAAUCUUUACUCUUUUCUGCAACACUUCCAAAAGAGGUUCGAAGGGUAUCUCAGCUUGUUUUGAAAAGGGAUCAUGAGUAUAUUAAUACAGUUGGGUUAGGUCCAGAAACACAUGAUAAGGUCAAUCAAUCUUACAUGAUUGCACCCCAUGAACAACAUUUUCAAAUAGUUCACCAUCUAUUGAAACAACAUAUUGCUCAAACCCCAAAUUAUAAGGUACAAUCCAUUUCUAUUUCUGUACAUGAUGAACAUAUGAAGUUUGUUGAAGUUAACAUGAGAUUAAUUUCUCAGGUUAUUGUGUUCUGUACGACAGCAAUGAUGACAUCACUGAUGUUUUCCCUUUUCCGUGAGAUGAAAUUGAAUGUGAGAGAGAUUCAUUCAAGGAAACCACAACUUUACAGAAGUCGUGUUUCUGAAGAAUUCAAAGAAGCAAAACAGCUGAUUCUUAUCACAUCUGACGUGUCGGCUCGUGGAAUGAAUUAUCCUGAUGUCAGUUUGGUAAUUCAGGUGGGUGUACCCAUUGACCGUGAACAGUAUAUAAACCGUCUUGGAAGGACAGGUCGUGAAGGAAAAGGCGGGGAAGGAAUGUUGUUGAUUGCACCAUGGGAACAAUAUUUUCUUGAAGAAAUCAAAGACCUCCCACUUCUUGAAUCCUCUUCACCACAUUUAGAUCCGGAUGUGAAAGUCAAGAUUGAGAAGGCAAUGGAGAAAGUUGACCCAAGUGUGAAAGAGGCAGCAUAUCAUGCGUGGCUUGGGUACUACAACUCGGUUAGGGAAACAGGUAGAGAUAAAACAACACUUGUUGAGUUAGGAAAAGGGUUUUCCAACUCGAUUGGGUUACAGAAAGUGCCUGCUCUUUUUAGAAAAACAGCACUGAAGAUGGGGCUUAAAGAUAUUCCAGGUAUUCGAGUCCGAAAGUAGUCUCCUUUCUGUGCUUAUUUAAGCCUAAACCUGUAGAGUGAUCGGUAAUGUGGUGAUAUGCUAUUAGAGUCUUUAUUUUAGGGUGGAUCUUUUCUGAGAGCUAGAAAUGGUUAGAUAUAUUUUUCCUUAAAUGUAAGGCUGUUACAUAUGUAGGGUUAAUUUGUUUUUCCCAGAGCUAGAAAUGAUAUGGUUUAUGUGACAGUGAGAGUAAGGAGAUAGGUUGUAUUUGGUGCAAAACCGGGUUCAAACUUAAAAUAGCAUUAUAUUGGUUGGUUGUGAUU